CUCUCGGUGGUUGAGUACGAUCCUGGCACCCACGAUCUGAAAACGCUUUCCCUUCAUUACUUUGAAGAGCCGGAACUGAAGGACGGCUUCGUGCAGAACGUCCACAUCCCCAAAGUGCGGGUGGAUCCCGACGGGCGCUGCGCCGUCAUGCUCAUCUACGGCACGCGGCUGGUGGUCCUGCCCUUCCGCAGAGACACCCUGACAGAUGAGCACGAAGGAGUGGUGGGCGAAGGCCAGAAGUCCAGCUUCCUGCCCAGCUACAUUAUCGAUGUGAGGGAGCUGGACGAGAAGCUGUUGAACAUCAUCGACAUGCAGUUCCUGUAUGGCUACUAUGAGCCCACCCUGCUCAUCCUCUAUGAGCCCAACCAGACUUGGCCGGGGCGAGUGGCUGUGCGCCAGGACACCUGCAGCAUCGUGGCCAUCUCCCUCAACAUCAUGCAGAAGGUCCAUCCGGUCAUCUGGUCCCUCAGCAACCUGCCCUUUGACUGCACGCAGGCCCUGGCAGUGCCCAAGCCCAUUGGAGGUGUUGUGAUCUUUGCGGUGAACUCUUUGCUCUACCUGAACCAGAGUGUGCCUCCGUACGGCGUGUCACUCAACAGCCUCACCAAUGGCACCACCGUCUUCCCGCUAAGGUUCCAGGAAGGACUCAAAAUCACCCUGGACU